UUCUAAACAUAGAGUUCUGAAUAGAAUAAUUUUGAGUGUUAGCAUGGUGAUUCCUUCUAGUGUGCUCUUUGUGUGCUUUAUUAUUUUUUAGUUUAAUAACAGUGUUACAUAUUAUUAAAUUGAUUUGUUAAAAAUUAAUCAAGUAUAAUGUCGCCUACAGAUAAUACGCCACUUUUAAAUACCGGUUCCUUUGAACUUGUUCAUUCAUUAAAGGCAUACGAUAAAAUUCCAGUUUUUGAAUAUAAAUCUAGAAAUACUGGGUUAACUGUUGUUGCUGCAGAAAUAGAUGGGCCUAUUGUAUAUGGUUAUUUUUGUUUAGCCACAGAAGCAUUUGAUGACGAUGGCAUUCCACACACUCUUGAGCAUUUAGUUUUUCUGGGAAGUGAAGAUUAUCCUUACAAAGGCGUAUUAGAUUUGCUUGCCAACAGAUGUCUUGCAUCUGGUACAAAUGCUUGGACUGAUGUUGAUCAUACAUGCUACACGAUGGAAACCGCAGGGAGUGAAGGAUUCUUGGCCCUUAUGCCUAUAUACUUAGAUCACAUUUUGUAUCCAGUUCUGUCAGAUGAAGGAUUUAUUACCGAGAUUCAUCAUGUAACUGAAGAAGGAGAAGAUGCUGGUGUUGUGUACUGUGAAAUGCAGGGAAUAGAGAAUUCUGGAGAGAGGAGAGUACAUUUAGCAAUGAGAAAAGCAAUUUAUCCAGAAAACUGUGGAUAUAGUGCAGAAACAGGAGGUAAAAUGAAAAAUUUGCGGGAAUCUAUCACAAAUGCAAAAAUCAAGGCAUUCCAUAAAAACUUUUACCGACCAGAAAAUUUAAAAAUAAUAAUUGCUGGUAAAAUACAACAUGAUGAUUUGUUUAAAGCAUUAGCGCCAGUAGAACAAAAAAUUUUAUCAAAGGGUGAUCGAGGUCCUUUUCUAAGACCAUGGCAAUCUUCAAUUCCUCCCUUAACCGAAUCUCAAAAAUUGUUUGUAAAGUAUCCAUCUGAUGAAGAAGAUAAUGGAAUUGUAGCAAUGGCUUGGAGAGGACCAAGUGCAGUAAAUGAAAUUUAUAAACUGAACGCUUGUUCCAUUUUAUUGAAGUAUUUAACAGAUUCAUCUGUGGCGUUGUUGCAAAAUGAAUUUGUUGAAGUAGAUGAUCCUUAUGCUAGUGAAGUUAAUUUUGGAAUCAUAGAAAAUUCGAUAUCGUGUAUAUACUUGAUGUUUAGAAAUGUCCCUUUAGAAAAAAUUCCUCUUAUUAGGCCGAAAUUUGAUGAAAUUAUGCAGAGAAUAGUGUUAUCAAAAGAAUUAGAUUGGAAACGCAUAAAAUUAAUUCUUAAAAAACAAAAACUAGAAUAUCUAAGUAAUCUGGAGAAUUGUCCCCAUAAUUCUAUUGUGGAUAUGAUUAUAGGUCACAUGCUGUAUGGAAAUACCAGAGAAGAUUACGAACAACGAUUGAACCCUCUAGGUGAUCUUGAGAAGAUGAACUUGGAGACACCAAUAUUUUGGUGUAAUCUUCUUGAAGAUUAUUUUGUCGAAAAUCAUUGCGUUGAAAUUCAGGCUUUGCCUAGCAUCGAGGAAAAAGAGAAGAUAAAUGUAGAAGAAAAAGAGCUCGUGAUGAAUCGAAUUAAAAUGAUGAGAGAGGAUGGUUUAAAAAGAAUGGGCGAAGAUCUACUAAAUGCAGUAAAAUUUAAUGAAAGAGAACCACCAGAAAAUAUGCUCACGUGCGUUUCUAUACCGAAUGUACAUAAUUUCAGUUUCCACGAAAUUGAAAGGUACACUUCUGACUCGGACGAGGAUCAGCCCAUAUUUCUCAAAGAAACUCCAGUUUGCACCUACUUUGACCAUAUAAAAUCUUCAUUUGUUUAUAUGUACGCCCUCAUGGAUACAUCCAAACUUUCAGCAGAUCAACGUUUGUAUCUUCCUCUACUCCUUGAAGCUAUGUUUGAAUCACCUAUUAUGAGAGAAGGUAUACUCAUUCCUUAUGAUGAAGUGGUAAUGCAAUUACAGAACGAUACCGUGUUCUAUUCGCAACAAAUGGGUCUUGGUCAAAGUAAACGCUUCAGCUGCAGUAGUUUCUCAACUACUGUUUCUAUCAUGUUACAAGUCGCAGCGGAAAAUUUCGAAAUAGGGCUGAAUUGGCUAAGAGAGCUUCUGUAUCAGACGGUUUUUACUGCAGAACGACUUAAAAUUAUUGCAAUGAAAAUGAUAAACGAAGUAUCCGAGGCCAAAAGAAGUGGCCGCAAAAUAGUUUCGUAUGCCAUAAAAUCGCUUUUAUAUUUGCAAGACAGUAACGUCCAAGCAAAUGGGAUAUUAAAGCAACAUAAAUUUUUGUCACAUCUUAUAUCUAAACUUGAUCUUGAUAAUUACCAGUCAUCCGACAUACUAGAGACUAUCGACACUAUUCGAAAAAUGAUAACCGACCCGUGUAAUGUUGCUCUUUAUUUGGCAACAAAUUUAGAAAACAUAAAGCCAGAUUCUGCCAAUGUUUUGAAUUUGUUGUUACCAAGCGAUAUUUCAAAGCCAGAAAAAAAAAGUUUUAAUAUUGUACCUGACUGGAAAUUAUUAACACCAGAUGCAGAAGGAGGCAUGCGACACUGUAUUGUAGGCAUGGGUUGUCUCGAUUCAUCUUAUCUUUUCCAGAGCACUUUCAGCAUUAAUACUUACGAUGAUCCUGAUAUGCCUGCAUUAUUAGUAUAUAUACAGUACCUAUGCCAAGCUGAAGGUCCAAUGUGGAGACAAGUGCGCGGUAAUGGAUUAUCUUACGGUUACAGUAUAGGUUUACGAACAAACGAGGGAGUGCUCUUUCUGUCGUUCAGUCGAUCUACGAACGUAACUGAUGCUUACAAAAAAGCAUAUGAAAUUGUUACUAAUCAGUUAAAAGACCAACAGUGGGAAACCAAUAUGUUCGAAUCAGCGAAAAGUUCCCUAAUUUUUGAAUUGGUCGAGAACGAAUCAACAGUUGGGAAUGUUAUUUCGCGUUCUUUAGAAUCUUAUUUUCAUAAGAUUGAAUAUAGUUAUUACAGGAAAUUGAUUGAUUUAAUAACUCAAGUUACUGUAGAAGAUUUAAACAGAAUCGGAACCAAAUACGUAGCUGCACUUUUAGAUCCUACCAAAGUUAAAACAGCUGUUGUUUGUGAUGCAAGAAAAGUUAAAGAAAUAUCAGAAGGUUUUAAAAAUUUAAGUGUGCCGUUGGAAAUAUUUCCUACAUUGGAAGAAAGCUUUCUGAAUAAAUAGUGUUAAACACAUCUAUUUAGAAUCCUAUUUGCAUUACAUUAAAAUAAAUAUUUACCCGAAAA